UUUGGAAUUCAUGUUUUCAGUUAACAAUGAAGGCGUUUGAAGUUGGUGGAACCACCCUUUGUCUUGCCCUUUUCAGCGAUGUUACUAAUUCUAAAGAACUAUUGGACUUAAUGCAGUCUGCAACACUGGAGCCAGAAGUAGCGUUUCUGAAUGCAUCACUUAUCCCCGAUGUAUUUCCUGUUUUAGCAGCUGCACACAAGACACUUGUAGCUAAAUCACGGGGUUCACUGACUACACGGACCCUCCAUUCUGAGCUUGUUUACAACUUCUCGGGAUCUAAGCAUAUUUCAGAGUCUUUGAAAAGGUGUGGUAUCGCAGACAACACAAGCUACAUCCUGGCAGCACGCUUUGGUGCUUCGGCUGAUGAGAUGGUGGCCAUAGAAAAACUCAUAAAGGGCAAUGAGAUUGACCUGAAGGAAUUGGAACAAAGAAUAAACCAGGCUCAGAUUCAAAAGCAUUACAAGAUAUCUAAUCUGGAGCUGGAGAUAUCGUCACUUGCAGAUGCUAUAACCUGCAGAAUUGCUGCCAGAGACGCUUUAUAAGCAUUGCACGCCUAUGACACUCUUUAUUUCAUCUUUUUAUGUGUAAACUAUUAUGUCAGAAUCUCGACAAUAACUUUCCAAACCUUGUGUUAAAAUACCCAUUUGCUACUCUGACCGUUCAAUAGACAUUACAAACCUCCCCUCA